GUUCUUCUCCGUCUCUCUCCACCAAGAAGCCGAGGAGCGGAGGCCUCUUCUCCAGCCUGUUCUGCUGCCUCUGUCGGGACCAGCCCCAACCCCCCCCAGUCAACAACAACGCCCCCCUGCUGGUGGAGGAGAACGGCACCGUCUCCAAGGUGAAGCCGCUGCUGCCGCCGGUGAAAUCAAAAGACUCUGGAAAGAUCUGUGUGGUCAUAGAUCUGGACGAGACGUUAGUCCACAGCUCCUUUAAGCCUGUGAACAACGCAGAUUUCAUCAUUCCUGUGGAUAUAGAAGGAACCGUGCACCAGGUGUACGUCCUGAAGCGACCACACGUUGACGAGUUCCUCAAAAGGAUGGGAGAGCUGUUCGAGUGCGUCCUGUUCACCGCCAGUUUAGCCAAGUACGCAGACCCUGUUUCUGACCUCCUGGACAAGUGGGGCGCCUUCCGCUGUCGCCUCUUCAGAGAGUCCUGUGUUUUCCACAGAGGAAACUACGUGAAGGAUCUGAGUCGCUUGGGUCGCGACCUGAACAAGGUCAUCAUUGUGGACAACUCCCCCGCUUCCUACGUCUUCCACCCCGACAACGCAGUGCCUGUGGCGUCAUGGUUCGACGACAUGUCCGACACCGAGCUGCUGGACCUCAUCCCGUUCUUCGAGAGGCUGAGCAAAGUGGACAGCGUCUACACGGUCCUCAAGCACCAAGGCACGGCGAGCUAACAGCGUUAGCGUUGACCUCCUCUUCUCCGAGCACAGCCGCAAAUCACCGCCAACCAGCUCCUGAAACCUUGGGGGGGGGGGGGCGUUCCCCUGAAUAUAUCAGUCAUCACUGCCACCUUCUGGCCAAACGGAAAACUGCCUGAAGAUCACCCUGUAACUUCACUUUCCCUCGUCGUCGUGAACCAGCUCUCGUGUGAACGGACGAACGUGAUGAAGGAAUAAAUGUUGGAGGACGUUUCUCCACUGAACCUGAUCGUGAAGCUCGAAGCAGGAGGCGAGAGGAAAGGGAUCAUGGGAAAGUUUUACGAUUGGACUGUGUUUGUCCUUUAAAAACACUUCCUCACGUCAUCAUGUGAUGCUCGAGCUUGGGAAACAAUGACCCUCCCUUCACUGCAGAUUUCUAUACGAACCCCAGUUGAAGCAUUGAAUGAUAAUAAUUAUUACUAUUUUUCUAUAAAAUCAAUGAUUUCUUUAAACAGGAAGAAAAAUACAUUUUGACGCAUAGGAUAAAAAAAAACCCCGAUAUUUUUAAAGAAGACGACUGCAGACGCUGGACUCCGUGGACGGCCGAGACGCAAACGUAUCCCUCCAGCUGUGAGACGAGAGGACCAGGAUCUGAACCCAGCGGCGUCGGGUCGUUUUUUAAAAAGUUCUGUUUUUAAAAGCCACAAACAAAACUUGAAUUUCUCACAGUGCUGACAGAAAGUUCUCCUUCUUAUGAAGCGGUACACAUUCGCUGGAAACUGUUUCAGGACUUUGGAAUGAAACUUGUCGGACGAGUGCGUGUGUGUGCGUGUGUGUGUGUGUGUUCUCCGAGGUAAUUAAUUCAGUCGAUUCUCUGCCUCCUGUGAUUCGUUCUGUUGUGACGCAAUGUUGUGGAAAAAGAAAAAAGUGGAGCUACGACACAGAGCCUGGCUGCUUAACGUUUUUAAAGCUCUCCGACUUCCUGAUUGGUCGAUUUGUGGUGAAGCCUGGUCAACAGGAGGCGCUGUCUCACGUAACCGGACGAAACCAGAGACUGUAAAUAAAGAUGGCCGACAUGAAAGUGAAGCCAAAGCAUCUCUGUUGCCCCCUGGUGGCUGGCUGUAGUAUGGGUCAUCAACCCUCCAACUAAACAGUCAAAGUACACGUUAAAUAGAUGUUUCUUUAUUUAGGUAGUUCUUAUCACACUUUGUUUAAGUGCUUGAAUAAGUUAUUUGAUGACUCCGAAUGGCGUCACCACCACAAGAUGGCGUCGCUCCAACCCAGGAUGUUUUGGCUUCAUUUCGGGACAGUGGAAGGAAGUAGAGACGCGUCGUCCGUCUUUAUUUACAGUCUGAGGAAGGACAAUUAAAUUAAAUUCAUUAAAGCCACCACAUUAAAAGCUAUUUCAUUAUUGUUCUGUGUUUAACACGUUCUUGUCAAUGAAAGUCUUUUCUAAAUAAUUACUGAUUUGAAUUAUUAUUGCACAGCAGUGGUCCUCUGAUAUGAUAUUGACCGUUUUAAUAACAUGCGUGUUUGAGUUCAUACGUUCAUGUAUGAAGCAGCUGAGUUAAAGACGAGCAUCUGUCCGAGUUGUUGGCACAUACCAGGGUCACGUGUCUCACUGUUAAUUGUUCAUACGUGUUUUUAUUUUGAAUUCAUAGGAAAAGAGGAGAGUUUAUAGGAACGUCCGUGUCGCUGCGGAACUCGUUCUUCUCACACAUUCACUAGAUUUGUAUAUUUUAUUUCGCACAGUAAUGAAAAGCAAACAAAUGUGGUUAAUAUAUGAAAUAUUCGCGUUGCUGUUCUCGUGAUUCAGUAGAUGAGUAACCUAAUUCUUCACCUGUGUUGUUUUAUCAAACCAAAUUAUACCUGAACUGUGUAAUGAUGUCAUUUCCUUUUUCCAUAAAUCUUAAGUCAAACAUG